GAUCUUGACAAUGCUAUUAUGGCGUUGAAUGAGAAAACUGUACAAGGGCCAAUGGGAGGUCCCUCAUGCAAGCUUCAGGUCGAAGUUGCUAGGCCAAUGGACAAGAACAGGAAACGAGGUCGUGAGGAUCCAAACAUGUCCAGUACCAUUGAGAGUCAUUCCAAGCUUUUGAAGGAUGAUCCAGAUGUUGAGAUGAUUAGGGCUCCUAAAUCAACUGCUCAACUGGAGAUGGAUUAUUCGGAUCCUUAUGAAGCUGCUGUAGUUGCAUUACCUGUGGUUGUCAAGGAGCGUUUAGUUCGGAUCUUGCGGCUUGGUAUUGCUACUAGAUAUGAUAUAGAUGUUGAAAGUUUAACCAGUCUUAAGAUAUUGCCCCAGUCAGCUGCCAUAUCUAUUCUUGACCAGUUCAUGUUGUCUGGAGCUGAUAUGCAGAACAAGGGAGGAUAUCUAGCUUCAUUAAUUUCUAAGCAGCAGGUUGAAAAACUGGGACCGAAACAAUUCGAUAGUAGGUCAAGGAUAGAAGAUGUUGGCUUGAGGGUGCCAGAACCAGACAGGUUCUCUACAAGAGUUCGUUUGCCAGAUCUAGAUUCAUAUGCCUCACGAGUACCCUUGCCCAUGCCUAGGACUGAUGUUUACACAUCUCACUAUUCAGCGUAUUUAGAUCCCCAUCUGUCUGGUCGGAUGACAGCAAAGAGGAUGGAGGAAGCAAGUUCCCAUUUGCAGGCGACUUCACUUCUGUCUAGUCGGGUGGCAACGAGGAUGGAGGAGGCAGGUUCCACUUUGCAGUCGCUCCUAUCUGGUGGGGUGACGACAAGAAGGAUGGAGGAAGCAAGUCCGAUUUUGCAGGCAACACUCCUUCCAUCUGGUCGGGUAUCAAGGAUGGAUGAAGCAA